UCGCCUCGACAAGAUCUCCACACAAACAAGCAGUGCUCUUGAAAAUAUCCGCCAUUAAAAUAAAUGCAAAACCCGAUGCCUGAAUCGAAUUAAGACGCGCAUUAAAAUUAACAUUUAAACAAGAUGAUUCUUACAUUACUAUCGCUUCUGCUGUACGUACCUCUGUCAUCUGAAUACCGUUAUCUACCCGAAGACACUCCCGGAAACAAUUUCAAUGAGAACACCGGCCAUGGUCGUUACACGAUCAAAAACGAAGACCGGCCAUAUCACGCACUUGUAUUUUACGGUACUCUCUACUGCUCCGGGGUUUUAAUUACCAGUCGAUCUGUAAUCACAGCUGCCAGCUGUUUUAUUCCACGGUUGAAGCAACCAUGUUUUGUGAAACUGGGAGCAAAUUUCAUACAAGGCAAGGGGCAAAUUCUGAAUGUGCUGGAAAUUAAAAUACAUGAAUUUUUUGGACACCUUACUGAGAUCGACAACGACAUUGCUAUGCUUAUCCUUGAGAGACACGUUGAUUUCGAACAUGGAAUCCAAAAGGCGUUAAUUGUAGAGUCGGACAUAGCUCUCAGACCUGGUACUUCAAUUGAAGCUUCAGGAUGGGCUAGUCAAAAUAUUGUUGGUGCAAAGCCGUACCAUAUGAUUUGGUCUCAAAUGAGAGUCAUCGAUCAAGCCAAGUGCCAAGCUAUACACAGAAGCUUAAUCACCCACUCAAAUUUUUGCGCUAGUUAUGUUGUCGAGCGCCGUUUAAACGACAACGGUGGACCAAUAACGUUCAAGGAUCUACUCAUCGGCAUCGUAUCUUACGCUGCUCACUUCAAUGAUACACCCAAUUACGCUAUAAUAUCGAAUGUUUCAUAUUUUAACAGAUGGAUAACACUGAACACCAAAUAUUUUAUAAAUAAAUAUUGCAUUAACGGACACGAAACUGUAGAAACUUUCGAAGAUUACUAGAUGCAAACCCACAUCGUAUCAACAGCCGAAUUUAAAAAAAAAUUGUAUAUAGUAAGAACAUUUGUUUUGCUCCGUAUAAAUACCAAUUUACCGUGAGUACAUCGUACCUCUACUAUGACACCGUGAGUUUACAGUGUGAAAGUCAAAAUAAUUUACUCAGACUUUAUGAUGGCUUCCUGAUACAUUAUUGUAGAGAUUAAAACAUUUGUAAACUUACUGCAAAGAAUAAAAAUUUGUCACUCACAAUGUUGUCAAUUGGCAUACUUUGAACACUAAGCAUAUAAGAGGUAACUACCGAACUGCAAAUGAAAUCUCCCGAGGGGCUCAUGCGUGUGAGUAGUUUGUGUUUACCGGGCUACCAAAUACCGCUUAUGACCAAAAUAACAGUUUGAUAGCACUGAAAGUGUCAUUACGACUAUUUCUACUACUAAUUGUCUGUCAUACAUUUUAGUGGAAACAGUGGUUGAAGACAAUACAAUAAAUUUUAUUACAAUUAAAUUUAUACAUUAUUGUGUGUCACGACCAAAUAUGAAUGUUCCCAACCGCAACGCGUUGCCUCUACUUGCAUUGAGCUCAUGAUACGGAUAGUGCUGCAUAAUGGUUGUUUUGUUAUCGUGUAGCUUAUAGUGUUGUUUUAUAUUGUUUUUAAAUUUGCCAGUUCAACCAAUUUUUAUUUGCUUAAAAUAUAUUUACAUAUAAGUUACUUUUAAAUAUGUAGUUUUUUGUACAUGUAGAACUGCUUGCCCCAACUAAUUUUAAAAUAA